CAAUGUGUACACUCAUAUUUACCGUUUCAGGCCCACGUCCCGUUGUAUCUGUAUCGAUUUCCGAUGUGUGAGCUGCUUUAGGCCUUCCAUUUUUCAUCUUCUGGUUCGCCAAACGAUAUUCUUUAGGUUAAUAUUAUGCACCUUAACCUUGAUUUUUUAUCAGCCGAUUUGUUUCACAAUAAUCAUGACCUUUUUUACAAUAAAACUCUUGUAGGCUUUAAUGUAAAUAAAUAUCGCAAUCUUUCAGUAAAAAGUUAUAAAAUCCUACACAAAACUACUUUGUAAAUGAAUAAUUUAAUGCUCCAAAGCUCCAAAACAAAGGCAUAUUCUUGCUUGUCAAAGAAAACUUGUAUUUUUCGGGUCAAUCUUCGCACUUGCUCAUUAAACAUUCAAAUUAGGAAUGAUUUUGUGGAACAGUUACUAUAAAACGGUAGGCAUAUUUAGUCAAUAAUAGUCAUUCUUCUCUGUAUCGAGUUCAAAAUGCGUGCAUUUUUGGCACUUUGUUUUAUUGCUGUUGCAUCAGGCCAAGGGUACAACUACGAUGUGAAUACUGUUGAUAGUCCAGAAGUUAUUGGAUCAAGUUCUAACGAAAAUAAUGUUGCUGUACAAAGUGCUCCCACUCCCUCUCAAACCAUUACCGAACUCAAUAAGGAAAUCUACUUGUACUCUGCUCCUGAAGAACCACUUCAUAGUAGUGCCAAUAGCCAAGAUACAAUUGUGAAAAAGAAAGUUCAAAUUAUCUUUGUCAAGGCACCAGAAAACAACGUCCUCCCACAAGUUGCAAAACAAAUUACUGAACACCAAACUGCCAUCUUUAUCCUCAAUCGACAGCCGGAUACUACUGAUAUUUCUCAGCAAUUGCAACAAAUUUCAGAAAUUCAUUCACAAAAACCAGAAGUUCACUUUGUCAAGUAUAGAACCGCUCAAGAUGCCUUAAAUGCUCAGCAAACCAUUCAAGCACAAUAUGACGCACUUGGUGGAGUUUCAAAAAGCUCUAACGUAGGUGUUGCUGAAGUACUUGAUUAUGCCUCUAGUGCUCCAGCUUCAACUAAUGAAGCUUCGGCUUCUCAACUUUCAGCGAGUAUAACAGGCUCACCAGCUUCUGGAUCGGCUUCAUAUCUGCCUCCAGCUGUCAUUUGA